ACGGUCGCUCGCGCAUGCCUGAGCCAGUGUACAUCGGCGCGCCAGACAGAACACACGCGGUGCGACUGAUAACCAACAUUUGGUCUACUUGUUCAGUGACGUCACGACCUUCGAAUUCGUAUAUUUGUUUAGCCGGCUGAAUUUUAAAAGAUGAAGACAUUAACAGCACUAUUUAUCGGCGCACUGUACCUAGCGGUCAUCGACCUCGGCUCCGCGGAGCAGAGCGAGCACGAACACCACAAACAAAUCCGCCACAGACCAAAGAGACAGUACCUAGGCGACUAUGGCUACCAGCCGUCGUGGUACCGUCCGCACUACCCGGAACACCGAAGAGACGACAGGAGUCAACAGGACUUGCUGCCGCAUAUCUAUAGGUUACUAGAAGAAAUUUCUGACUUAGUCCGCCGUCCUCCUCCUCCGCCACCGCCUCAACCGAUCUACAUACCCUAUCCCGUCCAGUACCCGUGCCAACGAUGCAAAUGUCCUACGCUGCAAAAGCCGAACGUUACAAGCAGGUUCCCGGAGAUGGAGGACUCGAAUCAGAACUGGGGGUACGACGACAGCGAAGAGCCGGAGGACAACUUCAACAACAACAGGCCGAUCAACUUCGACCCCAUCGCGCCGCCCGCGGUCACCUCCCGCCCGCCGCCCGCCGUCGAGCACGGCAGCAGCCAGGCUUCGGUAAACACACAACAAGGCAGGGUAGAUUCCAACACCCGCCGCCCGAAGCGCUGCGACGCCAUGGUCCUCUCCUGCUGUGACCCCUCGCAAUCCAGGCAGCAACAGCGCGCCUGCUUCGUGUCAGGCAACUGCGCAACCUACUUCGACAAACGCGAUGUAUGCUCCAAGGAGUACGUUCAGGAAGUUCUAGACAUGUUCGCAUCAGCGUACGCUCCAACGCAGUGAGGACGGUAGAUGCGGAAACGACUUAGUCAUGAUCAGUAUUUAUUUGAUGUUAAAUGUUGUCGGUGCUGUACCGUGUUCAAAUUACGUACGAGAUAUUGCUGCUCGUAAGGCCUGCCAGCGUAUUAUAGAUGGUUUUAUCCACGUGAUAAAAUAACUGACUCUUUUUAACAUCGCGAGAUAGAUAGCGACGGACACCGUUUUAUCACGCUGUCACUUAAACUAGAACGACCAUCAUAUCCGUACUGAUUGACACAUUGAUAAGUGUUAAAUGCGAGUUCUUACAUUUCCUACUUGCGUUUAGGUAAUCAUUGUGUAAAUCGGCCCUAAGGUCUGGCUCUGGGUUAUCGCUGUCAUUGAUUGGCAAGCUGUAGAUAUAGAUCAAACUCUGUCACUUAGGUAUUCAAGUGAUACAAAUUCGAUUAACGUAGCAAAUGUAUUUAUUUCUUUCUAUAAUUAUACGAAUAAGAAAUGAGCUCGCAUUUAAAACGUAAAAUCAAUUGGAUCGAACCGCGAUCAAACGAACUUGAGUUAUCUUUAUAUCAAUGCAGCGCGAACGCCACGUCUGUAAAAAUAGAAAUGCAGUCACUAGAUGUAAUGUGCUUGGUUAUUUUUAAGAGUUUCUUUUUUGAUGAAGCUUAAGUGGUUUUAGAUAGUUUGAAGCAUCGUUCUUUGCAUAAAAUCCCAAUCUACAAUACAUUUUUUACGCCGUUUUUCUAAGUUUAUUCUGAUGACAUAGGAUUGCUUUUAGUCUGUGUCUGUACGUUUACGUGUCAUGCGAGCUUUAAUGAAUAAUUUAUUAUUCUUUUCUUUGUAUGCUUGCAAAAGUCGUGCUUAUAAUGUUGAAGGUGUUUCUUUAGGGUCCGGUUUUUGAGUUUCCUGGCGGAAACCCGUCUUACCUUAAAUGUGCCCCUGCUGGAUACAUCUUCAGUUUCGAUGCCAUAAUUACACUAGUUCCUUGUACUUAGUUAUAUAUGUUAAAACAAUGCAUUUUUAUGCUUUAAGUAUAUGACAUUAUAUUUAACUCGAUCAUUGGAAAAUAUUCGGAUGCAGCUGUGAUUCUUCUUUAAGACAUUUUGCACAUCAUUUUGCAAAAAUAUUUUUAAGGUGAAUCUGUACCCGUACCAUGAGUUACUGAUAGUGUCAACACUGACAUAUUAAGCUAACGUCUACAUAAUUUACUUUCUAUACAUCUUACUCGCACUAAUAUGUCAGUACGAGCGAGAUUCAUAGAAAGUAAGUUACGUAGACGUUAGCGUAUAUAUGUCAUUGUUGACACUGUCAGUGAGUCGUGGUAAGGGUAUCUUUGCUGCAUUUCUUUGUUAUGAAGUUAAUAUGUGGAAAAAUAAAAUUGCUAAUAACUGAUCACUUAAGAAAAUAUCAUACAAUCACAGUAAACAUGUAAUGUAAAUGUAAUUUACUUAAAAUGAAAAUUCACAUAAAUAUUGUAGGUACAUUGAGUUAAUUUCAUUACAAAGAUAUUAGAAAAUAAUACAUUUUGUUGAUAUUUUGGUAAAGUGGCCAGUUAUUAGCUUUAUUAUUAGUUUACCCUACAUCUAAAAUUGGCAACUAUCUGUUAUACGUAAUUAUAACGAAUGUAUAUAUAUGAGUGUUUGGAUGAUUUGUAAGUUGAUGAUCUUGUUAACAAUGCAAUUGUUUAUUAAGUUUAAAUAUACUUAAAAAUAACUAAUAUAGAUAUGUUUUAUAUAUUU